AUGAGAGCGCGUUGUUCCCAAUAUCCAAGAUCCAAGAUGGCGUACAUCGCUUCUCAUUUGAAGAAGGGAAUCACGCAUCAGCAGCGCGUUAUGCGCUUGUACAGAAACAGCCUAAAACACUUACUUUCGUGGUGUAUCGAUAGAGAGUCAUGGAGAGAAGAGGCCUUGAUACUGAGAGAUAGAUUUGAUAAGUAUAAGAACGAGACUGACCAGAAAAUGAUAGACAAGGUUCUGCAAGAUGCAGAAAUCGAAUUUGAAAACAAAAGACACCCGUUUCCCUACAUCGGUAAGUGUUGUACACUUGUUUCCUCUUAUAUAUCUACUGCGAAGGGCAAUACUAAAAUGUUUUGCCGGGUGGAAUGUUACAUUUAAACAAAUACUCUGAAUAUACAUUAUAUCAAUCCAAUAACUGGUCUCAACUGUUUUAGAUCCCGUAAGUCCAGACGGUAGCAAGUGGGAGAGAAACUUGCCACCCCCUCCCCACGUAAGUAUUUUUGUGAUUUGUUGGUGAAAUGUCCGAUAAAUACCGCGAAAGCCAUAUUUUAAAGUCUGCUCUAAUUCUGGAAAGAGAAAAGUUGGAAAAGUUGUAGGUUCAAGGGAAAGCUAAGGACACCCCUAGCAAGGCGGUCAUGUCGAAACGUAGACCAUGCAGACUGCAGACCGUGCAGACUGUGCUGACUGAGUGUUACUUUUAUUUACUUGUACCUUAGUUUUUCCUGUUCCUGCGGUUGUGUUUGGCCCUUGGCUACUUACUCUAUAAUACUUUUCAGUUAGGUGACAAAGAAUUUUUAAUUGACCAACUGAAUGUCCCAACUUCAAUGGUUUCUGGAUGAAAAGUAAACAUAUGGCAAAAAAAUGCAUUUGGAUGUGUAGUACCUAAGGGUUGCCUACAGUGAAUCCAAGGCAAGCCAUCACAAACUGUAAAAGCAGAACCCAAUACUGAUUUUUUAUUGGAUGGAGUCUGGAUUGUGUUUUCAUAAAAACUACUUCACAGAGACUAUUGCAGUACAUAAGACACCUGAAUGACACUUCAGACCCAGUAGCUUUCAAGGCGAUACAUAUGCGAGAAAGCAUGACGAUUUCAGAUCACUGCUUCCACUACAAGUACUUGCCUCUGUUUUAUGUAAAACCGGUUGAAAACUAAUUGACUUUAAAGAAAUCAAGAUAGGUCCGCACUGUAAACUGAGCCUGCGAUUUUCUCAUUUUAUUAGUCAUGGCCGGUAGUCUUCAUUAUGAGAAGAAGCGGGAAACCAGUUAAAGUAUUUACUACUUUAAUUAAUGUCCAACAAGAGAAAUUAAAGUACUUGUGAAUAAAAAUAACACUCAGUCCGCAUGGCCUGCGUUUCAACAUAGUCCACGUGGUCUGCAUUUCAGCAUGACCGCAGGCAAGGACACUAGUGAAUGGGACAGGAAAGACGGCAAAUCUUGAGUGACAGGAGUGACAACAAUAUGUUUGAAAAUCUUUUCUACCACACUUUACGUUCCUUUAAUCAGAUCUUUUUCAUAAGGAACCAGAAAACACCAGUGUUAUAGUGAAGGUCACAACACAACAUGCACAUUAUAGCUCUCUCACACCUAUCACACUCAAGCGUUUUGCCAUCCUCUUUUUUCUGCUGUCCUGUUGUGUAAACUCACUAUUCUAAGUACUUGGAGGGUGCCUAGACUACAGCCUGCAUGGCAGGUACUGCAUAAAGGGGAGGGAAAGAAGGGAGGAGGAGCAUCUGCUGUGAGCCCAAGUGUGUUUGCAUAAUUAACAGUUUAUUAUUGAAUGAGGCUGAGUAUCAUCUGAAGAAUUAUGGAGAUCGAGGAGGGUGUUAUCCACCGAGGUAAUAGGCUGAGGCAGAUAAUACCCUCCGAGAUGUCCAUAAUUUUAAAAACAAGCUUACAUGUAAACAUGCUUACCUCCAUCGAUGUUAAGUUCGUCUUCGAUAGUGCAUCUUUAUCAGCAGGUUUAGGAGAUAAAGGGUUGUUCAGUUCUGCAAAUAUUCUCCAUAUAGAAGCUGUCAUCCAUCGAGUUGUCUUCCUGUUGUUUGUGCCAUGUUUUUAGCCAAAAUUUCUCCUAUUUCAGCCCUGUGAAACAAGUAAAAAGGUCCACCAUUUUGUAUAACUCAACCUCGUCCCAAGGUUUUCCGGUUAACGGUUGAAUAAUCUGGCGAUGUUGCCGCACGAUUGAUGUCAUCGGUUCAAUAUGGGAAAAUUCGUCCAAAUUUGGUCAACGGUAGCUGGUUCUGAUGAAUUAUGCAUGUGAUUUUAGCCAAUCAGAAACAGAGCACUAUUUUGAAUGAAUAAUAAGGCCUAUUAAUUUCCCUGCUAACAGUAGAGUGUUCUUUUCAGCUUGGGCUAAACUUCAGAUACAUAACUUUGUGACAGAAAAAAUAUAAAAACUUGUCAAAAAGUUUCAUGGAUAGUCUUUACCAGCUCAAAUUCAAAUCAUACAGAAAUUCAUUUAUGGUGGCACAUGAUUAACUGAACAGUUCCUGGGAUACAUGUAGCUCCUAAAAUUCUCCAAAGUUACUAAUAAAACUCUUACCCUUGUGGAAAAUGGCAUUUUAACAUCAAUAUGACGAGAAUUGCCACCCUCCAAUACCUACAGUCUUUGUAGCCUGAAAACACUGGAUGAAAAAUUAGAUUUACAUGAAAUUUUCUCGGGGCAAAUAUGAUACAAAAUAAUGCAAACUUAAGGGAAACCAUGGGCAAAGAUGGAUAAUACUGCAUUUCCAUCCUAAUUGACAUGAGGCUGACCAAUAUACCAUGGGUUAAGCUAUAGAACAACAUAUUUUAUUUGGUACACUCUGGUCCGAAGGUCAGGUAAAAGUAAGGUAUUGAAGCUUUCAACUGAGUGAAAACUACCCAAGCGUAAACACCUUAGGCUGAGCCGGUCUAUUUUAUUAUGUGAAUGCAGUAUGAACUUCCAGAAGGAAAGUCAUUAAAGCAGCCUCUAAUAGGCACAGUAAUAUAAUGCUACAGCUAAAGCAAGUGGUAAAUACAUUGAAUUCUAAAAUUACAAAAUUUAAUAGUUACACAACAGAUUGUGUAUGCAAUGACUGAGCUCAUCGUUUGUCACCAACAUUGCUCCCAGGGUUCUCUCCAAAAACCUCAGGAACAAGGUUGUGUUGUCACAUGAUUUUCGCCUAUUUAGUGACAUAACAUUAAGUGACUAAAAACUCACUGUCAGUUUACUCACUGAAAUGUCACUUUUUGUCAGAUGACAAUAGUGAAUGCCAUUAAGGUUAACACUAAUGACGACAGUGAUGCUGUAGAAUAGCCUGUGAAUACAACUGUCUCUCUUUGCUUCAUUCAUCAUGGGAUGUGUUGCAGGAGAGACAUGUGCACUUCAACAAUAGAUAUGCUGUACUGAUGGUCUAUUAUUGUAAAAUUUUGAGUUUUUCUUGCAAACAAGUAACAGCAAAACUCCAACACUUCUUGACUGUUUCAUAGUAGAUUCAUCACAUGUCACCUGUAUGACCUUUUUUCUUCUGUCUGUCAUUAGUAAGCAAUAGCUAAAAGAAUAUAAUAACUACAUCAACCAAUCAGAGCUCCUGUCCAGAUUCUGGACAGAUUUUACAUCAUUAGUAUGGCAUUUCACUAAUUUCAGUCGUUGAGACACUGAAGUCUGUCCCGCAAAACGUCCCUGGUAGCAAACAACAAGGAGAGAGGGUUGUAUUUGCAGGCUACCAAUCAAAUGCAUCAUUGUUUGAAUAUUAUGAUCCUUUACACUAGGUCAGGCCUAAUGAGCAUUUAUGGCUUUUCUAUGACUCCAGUAAUGAUAAUAAAACUUCCAAGCAAGUUUCCUUGCUUGGCAUUUGAUUUUUUGUUUUUUGUUUGUCUCAUUUGAGGUUCUUCACAUGCUGCCAUGGGAGGAGGAAUGGUAUAAAGAAAUGUGUGAGUGGGCUGAAGGCAAAGAUUGAACCAUGUCAAACACAGCAGGCUUGAUCUUGUUGUCUCUGAUUGUUAACUGAAUCGCCAUGGAGAAAGAAUCUCUCUAUGUAUAUAGUGUCACAUUCUUCUAAAAAGUCACAUGAAUUGUGUAAAUCCCACUCUUGUGAAGCGAG